GAAUGGUUCGACCUUCGCCUCAAAUGGGAGCCGGCUGAAUAUGGGGGUGUCAGGGUGCUCAAUAUUCCCUCAGAGCAACUAUGGAGCCCGAUGGCCGACGGAGAUUUCCAAAUCACCUUGAAGACGAAAGCCAUCAUCUCCCACACGGGCAAGAUUGUCUGGGAACCGCCCGCCAUUUACAAGAGUUACUGCCCCAUUGAUGUAGAGUACUUCCCCUUUGAUAUCCAGGAGUGCUUCCUGAAGAUCAGCUCCUGGACUUACCAUGGCAACAAACUUGACCUCCAGCAUCUGUGCAAUGGCAGCCUCAUCAACUUGCCCGUGGACCUGGAACAGGCGGAGAUGAUCAUUCCUGGCGGCAUCGACCUCACCGACUACUACUACAACGUGGAGUGGGACAUUCUCAACGUGACCGCCAUGAAGCGAGUUAAGUUUUAUCCCUGUUGCCCGGAGCCCUAUCCAGACAUCACGUUCAACAUCACGCUGAGGCGGCGAACGCUCUUCUACACGCUCAACCUCAUCAUGCCGUGUGUGUCCAACUCCUGUCUGACCGUCCUGGUGGUUUACCUGCCGGCCGACUCUGGAGAGAAAAUCACUUUGUCCAUCUCCAUUCUCCUGGCGUUGACCGUAUUCUUCUUGCUGCUGUCCGACAUGAACCCGCCCACCUCGCUGGUCAUCCCGCUCAUUGACAAAUAUUUAUUAUUUAUUAUGAUUGUAGUGACCUUGUCAAUCAGCUUGACCGUGUACACGUUACACAUCAACUUCAAGUCUCCCACAACCGAUGAGAUAUCGCCCUGGGUUCGUCGCAUAUUUAUCGACAUUCUCCCACGUUUGCUGCUGAUGACGAAACCCCAGUUCCCAGCAGGGUCGGACGUUUCUUUAAGUUCCGUCAACGGGCUGAACCUGAGCCGGUCGCAGACAUCAGGGCAACAACAGGUCAAAGAUGGCCCACAGUGGCGGGAGCUAGCCCAGGGUGUCAAUGACAGCCCCUGUCAGCAGCUGUACCCUCCGGAUAUAGGCGAGGCCAUCAGGGGGGUCACAUUUAUAGCCAACCAUCUUCGCAAAGGCGACAAGCAAGUGGAG